AUGCCCGGCUCGUCGCGCAUGCCGAUCAGCCUUCGAGGCUCCGGCCCUCUUAAGCCCGGCGCCGCCUCCUCUGCGCUGUCCCUGGGCCUGGUGAACCUGGACCUGAUCCGCAACAUCAUCUUCGUCUACUUUGUCUCCCGAUGGACGCGCCGCCUCUACUGGAAGCUCAAAGGCCGCGGCGUCAUCGGCGCCAUCCUCGAGCUGUAUCGCGACAUCCGCCGCGUCCUCUACGGCUGGUUCCUGCAGGCUCCCGGCGUCCGCGGCCAGGUCCGGGCCAAGGUCAAGGAGUCGCUCGACAAGAUGGCCGCCAAGCUCGUCCCGCCUGCGCAAACGCGCUACCUGACACUGCCCAAGGAAGGCAUGCCCGAGGAGAACAUUCGCGCCGAGCUCGACAGUCUGGCGAACAUGGACCACACCCGCUGGGAGGACGGCUACGUCUCCGGCGCCGUCUACCACGGCGAGGCGGAGCUGAUCAAGCUCCAGACCGACGCAUACGGCCUCUUUACCGUCUCCAACCCCAUCCACCCGGACGUCUUCCCGGGCGUCCGUAAGAUGGAGGCCGAGGUCGUCAGCAUGGUCCUCAACAUGUUCAACGCACCCCAGGGUGCGGCCGGCGCCUCCACCAGCGGCGGCACCGAAAGCAUCCUCCUCGCCUGUUUGGCGGCGCGUCAAAAGGCCUACAUCGAGCGCGGAGUGACCGAGCCUGAAAUGAUUCUCCCCAUCACCGCGCACACGGCCUUCCGCAAGGCCGGCGACUACUUCAAGAUCAAGGUGCACUUUGUCGACUGCCCCGCGCCCAACUACCAGGUCGACCUGCGCGGCGUCUCGCGCCUCAUCAACCGCAACACCGUCAUGCUCGUCGGCUCCGCGCCCAACUUCCCGCACGGCAUCAUCGACGACAUCUCGGGGCUCUCGCGCCUGGCGGUGCGCAACAAACUGUGGCUGCACGUCGACUGCUGCCUCGGCUCCUUUGUCAUUGCCUGCCUGGAAAAGGCCGGCUUCGAGUCGGAGCCGUUCGACUUCCGCCUCAAGGGCGUCUCGAGCAUCAGCGUCGACACGCACAAGUACGGCUUCGCGCCCAAGGGCAACUCGACGGUGCUCUACCGCACCGCCGCGCUGCGCACCUACCAGUACUACGUGUGCCCGGACUGGGCCGGCGGCGUCUACGCCUCGCCCGGCCUCGCGGGCUCUCGCCCCGGCGCGCUCAUCGCCGGCUGCUGGGCGAGCCUCAUGGCCAUGGGCGAGGCCGGCUACGUCGACUCGUGCGCCAAGAUUGUCGGCUCCGCCAAGAAGAUUGCCGACGCCAUCCGCGAGUCGCCCGCGCUGGCCGGCGAGCUCGAGAUUGUCGGCCGCCCGCUCGUCUCCGUCGUCGCCUUCACCGCGCAGAACCUCGACAUCUACGACAUUGCCGACGCCAUGUCCACCAAGGGCUGGCACCUCAACGCGCUGCAGAACCCGCCCGCCAUCCACGUCGCCGUCACCCUGCCCAUCACAAAGGUCUGGUCCAAGCUCAUCAGCGACCUCGAGACGGUCGUCGAGGACGAGCGCGAAAAGGAGCGCGUGCGCAUCGUCGAGGGCAAGGGCGCCAAGGGCAAGGCUGUUGGCGACUCGGCCGCUCUGUACGGUGUGGCCGGCUCGCUCCCCAACAAGAGCGUCGUCGUAGAUCUGGCUACAGGUUUCCUCGACCUGCUGUACAAGGCAUAA